CCAUUUUGUCAAGUUGUGGGACAUAGAAGCUGCUCCAGUUUGUGUGUGUGUGAGAAAGAGAAAGAGAUGGAGAAAGAAACAGAGAUGAAGCAAUCCAAGUUCAAGAGGAUUUGUGUGUUCUGUGGCAGUAGUCCAGGGAACAAAACUAGUUAUAAGGAUGCUGCUAUUGAGCUUGGAAGGGAAUUGGUGUCAAGAAAUAUUGAUCUAGUGUAUGGAGGGGGCAGCAUUGGUUUGAUGGGGUUGAUUUCUCAGGCUGUUUAUGAUGGUGGUCGCCAUGUAAUUGGAGUUAUUCCCAAGACACUUAUGCCAAGAGAGCUUACUGGAGAAACAGUGGGGGAAGUGAAGGCUGUAGCAGACAUGCAUCAAAGGAAAGCAGAGAUGGCUAGGCGCUCUGAUGCCUUUAUUGCCUUACCCGGUGGUUAUGGGACACUUGAAGAACUCCUUGAGGUGAUAACGUGGGCUCAACUUGGCAUCCAUGAUAAACCGGUGGGAUUGCUGAAUGUUGAUGGAUACUACAAUACAUUUUUGUCUUUCAUUGACAAAGCUGUGGAGGAAGGCUUCAUCAGCCCCACCGCACGCCAUAUAAUUGUAUCCGCCCCAACACCAAAAGAGCUUGUCAAAAAUAUGGAGGAAUAUUUCCCACAACACGAAAGAGUUGUAUCCAAGGUUAGCUGGGAAAAUGAACAGCUACAUUAGUCCUCAUAUUGUGAAAGUUGAGGAUGAUGGAAAUUUGAUGUAGAAGAUAGUUGUUAGUGACAAUGUCAAAUAGUUAGACUAUUAUCUUAGAUGACCACAAUUUCCUCAACCCGGAUUCUUUCUGCUCUUACA